AACCACAGUUCAAAUGUCAGUCUAUCCCCCGUGUGCUUUACAGCGAUUGAUAUUGACUUAUUUUAUGUUUAUUCUGACAAUUGCUUUUUGUGUUUUUAUUUGUUUGUUUUGAGUUUCAAAUAUAACCAGUAAUCUUUGCACAAUCGCAUUUAUUUGGGUCGUAUUGCGUUGUUUUAACUACAGCGCGUAGAUAAUGUUUAGGGUAUCGCUGCACCUGUAUGAAUCAAACCACGAGCCAACUUUCUAACCACUUUGGUGAAAAUCCUAAUGAUUCACCUGGAGUGUCUGCUUCAGGGAGGAGUCUAAAUGAGAAAGAGAGAGAGGAGUAAGGACAAGGGGGUUACAAAUAACAAACAAGCAGAAUAAACUCUUUAAAAUGAGCUGAGCUCGGAAGUAUCUACAAUGUGCAAGUUGGGCAAGCUGGACGAUGCGAAGGCCAUGAUGAAGACGGGGCUGGGGAUGAUCAUUCUCGGCCACACUGUCUUCAUCCUGGGUGCCAUCAUUCACGGCACGGUGCUGCGUCACGUGACCCGGCCAGAGGACAUACACAGCAUCGAGUAUGCCAUCGCGAACAUCAUCGCCGUGGUGUCCGGGCUGGUGUGUGUCAUUGCGGGGAUUACAGCUAUUGUCUUUUCCAGAGACAUCGGGAACAACAAGCUGAAGUGGAUUGUCCUGGGCCUGAGUGUGAUCAGCGCCCUGCUGGCUGGUGUGUGCGUCGCGGGGCUGGUCCUCUCGCUGGUCACCACCAUCGUGGACGGAGGGAACAGCUUCCUCGCACGCUGCAACUCCAGCGACCCCUCGGGCUUGAGUCGCAGCUCACACACGUGCCCGUUCGACCCCACCCGCAUCUACGAGACGACGGUCACUCUGUGGGUGCCCCUGAUCCUCCUUGCUGCGGCGGAGGCAGUAGUGUCCACCAGGUGCUUCCUGGCUUCCCUCAGUCUGCUGGGGAUGCAGCUCUGCAAGAGGAGGAAGUUGGUGCGGGCGAGACAGGUCAGAGUGAGGUUUAACGAGGCGGUUCCCACGGAACCUGCGGAGAGGCAAGAUCUGAUGUCCCAGAGUGUCUGGAUGUGAGGAACCCUGUUUGCUGAUGAUCCGCAGAAAUACCUGGGAGCAGGAGCUCCCUUCAGCCCCAUGCUGGGAUAAAAUAAAAAUGUAAACAACUGGAGGGAGACGCAUUUAAUGGAGAGGCACUGCACUGUGCUACAGCCAACCUGCCUCCUUAACCAAGUCACCCAACAGACUGCACUGCCUACUCAAAACACACACGAUUACAAAAAGAGCCUUAACCGAUCCUUCUCUACCCAGAGAAGCAGGAUUUCAAACGGACACCCCUCUGAUUGAAAAGCCAGUCGGUGCAGCUUGUGGGACUCAGAGCAAUCCUCAUCAAAGAGUCUGCAAGUGACGAGCCACGCUGUUUCUGAAGCUCAGGCAUAAGAAUACAAAACCCAAUCGUACGAUAUACGUAGCAUAUCUAAAAACAAACUUGUCCAAUUAUUUGACGCUGGAAAAAGACUUCUAGUCGAAACUUUUGUCCUGGAACUGUAAUGGUUUUUCUAUAGUCUGUAUAAAAUAAGACUCCCAUUGCACAGCAGUUUGAUCCAUUCCUGGUUUUACUAGGAGUUUAGUAUGACACACCUGAGCUUGUUACCUGUGCACUGUGGCUGAUCAAGCUCAUAUUAAAACCUGGAAUGUUUAAAACAAUCAGAGUCUUAUUCCCAUCCCUGGAGUGCUGUUCUGCAGUGAGUUGUAAUCGGUAAGGUCUCUCGUCCCUCCAGAGCCAUUCAAACACCUGCGGGCACGCUCGAUUAGAAAGAUAUUAAAACAGGUAAGAAUUGAGAUGUUAUUGUAAGUCAUGCCCCAGUUAGAAAGCAAUAUACGGCACUUUUAGAAAGUUAAAGGCUAGCCCCAGACCCUUGAGUAGCACUCAUCUUGAACUGGAACUUUAAGGACUGUUCUUAAUUAAUUAAAUCAAGUUUGAUGGGCGUGAAAACUAUUUCAGGAGAGGGUUAAUGAGUUUAUUCUCGUUUUUGCAAAGGAUCUUUUUUAAUAGAAUGUGUGUAUGUUAAAAUAAUAAAAUAAAUAAUGUGGUGUCCUGCAUUACUGACAACAGUA